CUGCUCUUCCUCCGCUCCCCCUUAGUCUGCUUAAACCUGCCUAUCCUCUUUUCCUGGGCACGUCGACUACUUUGUAUAAGUCGACUUUCCCCCCUUUUUGAUUGGCGCAACUUCAAUGGCAGCAGACGAGGUCGCCGCACCGGCCCCAGUACCUAAUGCAGACAACGCUCCUGGACGCAAGUCCUUCUCGGAGCUGGAGCUGUCCGAGCCAACGAACAAGGCCCUAGAGGACAUGGGGUUCAAGUCUAUGACUGAGAUCCAGGAGAAGAGUAUACCGUCGCUGCUUGCGGGCAAGGAUGUCUUGGGUGCAGCAAGGACAGGAUCAGGCAAGACGCUCGCAUUUCUCAUCCCUGCCAUCGAGCUGCUGCACCGGAUGAAGUUCAAACCACGAAACGGUACUGGCAUUGUGAUCGUCUCCCCCACACGAGAGCUCGCGCUGCAGAUCUUCGGAGUAGCGAGGGAGCUCAUGGCACACCAUUCACAACAUUUGGCAUUGGCAGAGGCAGAUAAGCUGCAAAAGGGUGUUAACUUGCUCGUAGCUACGCCUGGACGAUUGCUCGACCACUUGGAGAACACUAAGGGCUUUGUGUUCCGGAAUUUGAAAGCGCUCGUCAUCGACGAGGCUGACCGGAUAUUGGAAGUAGGAUUCGAGGAGGAGAUGAGGAGAAUCAUCCACAUUCUUCCCAAUGAGAACCGACAGUCCAUGCUCUUCUCCGCGACACAAACAAAUAAAGUCACUGACCUCGCACGCAUAUCCCUCCGCCCCAAUCCCCUCUACAUUGACGUCGACAAGACAGAGCGAACAAGUACUGUGGCGACUCUGUCGCAGGGCUACGUGAUCUGCCCUUCAGACCGACGAUUCCUGCUUCUCUUCACCUUCCUCAAACGAAACAUGAAAAAGAAGAUCGUGUACCACGCUGAGCUACUCAACUACAUCGAUGUCCCGGUGCUUGACCUUCAUGGCAAGCAAAAACAACAAAAGCGGACGACGACUUUCUUCGAGUUCUGCAACGCCGAGGCCGGCACAUUACUGUGCACAGACGUUGCCGCUCGAGGACUCGAUAUCCCACGCGUGGACUGGAUCAUCCAGUACGAUCCGCCAGACGACCCACGCGACUACAUCCACAGAGUCGGCCGGACGGCGCGUGCGGGCAAGCGAGCUCGGUUCCUGCGGUAUCUCAAGGACGCGAAGGUUCCGCUGAACGAGUUCAGCUUCCCGUGGACAAAUUGCGAAUGUGCACUUACUGACUGUCUUCACCAGCUGGAGAAGCUGCUCCAGAAGAACUAUUUCCUGCAUCAAUCCGCACGCGAUGGUUACCGGUCGUAUCUGCAGGCUAUGCAUCCUAUCUUUGAAGAAGAUCUUCGACGUAAAUCAGUGGACCUCGCCAAGGUUGGCAAGUCGUUCGGCUUCUCCGUGCCACCACGAGUGAACGGUGGUGCUGGGCGGUCAGGCAAGAAGCGAAAGCGUGAGGAUGGAGGAGAGGAGGAGAACGACGAGGAGUGGGAGGAGAUUGACGCGGUAGACAAGGACGCGAGCGAAGCAGAAGCGGACGGUGGCGAGGAUGACCAACGGAGUCAGCGGAGAAUAACAAGGAGAGGCGGAGGGAGACGCUGGGGCACGGAAGAUGGAGAAGGAGAGAAGAAGCUGAAGAGUGAGGGCAAGGCGCAAUGGAGUCGGUAGCACUAUCCGAUCGUCCGCUGCCAGAGUCUUCCCUGGAUCCCGUUCUCUUAGGCUUCUCUCGUGUGCUUCGCGUGUCCCUGCUAUAUUAAUUACAUGCGCUGUGUGUCUGUGUACUUGCACUGAUUUAUUGCAUUCGAUCAUUGUACGUGCGAGGGCUUGUGGACGUGCAGGAGCAGUGCGGAGACCAGGCAGGCACCGGGCAGGGGUGCACGACGCGCACGGGCCCUGCCCUGAAGAGAA